GGCAGAAUGCUUGUUCUCUGAGGUCGCGAGGUGUGCUUCCUUGUUCUGGUCGAGCGUGCCUGCCCGUUGUAGCUUCUCGUCCCAAUCGGGGUCAGCGCGACUUCCCUCGAAGUAGGAGCGGCGGCAGACCUUGCUCAACGAUGCUGGACCUGAGCGAACGCGUGCUUCUUCCUUCAUACAACACCUGUAGUUUCGUAAGUAUGCCUCCCGCCUAAAGAUACCAGCUAACAUCGUCGCAGUCGCACUCAGUCUAUCAGACGUAAGCACGGACCUACAAACAUGCCUCCCGCACUCGCACAAUCGACACUCACGUCGUUUGUGAAAGUGACUAGCAAGAGGGAUGCCCCCCAUGACGAGCGCUCAAGCUCUGUCCCAACAAGGCCUUCUCGAAGGCGUCGUCCAGUAGUCUUUGACUCGGAUGAUGACUUGGAUGAAGGUGCUUUCCCGUCGCCCACUGGUGCAGCAUCGACUGCCCGUGGGAGGGAGUAUGCUACGGCCUCUACUCCAAAUGCUGUGGCUUCUGCUACGGAUAUGCGAUCCCCUCACCGGGCUCUCGCUGCAUCUGAUGCCCCUGAAAGCGAAAUGCUGAUGGGUGACGAGGAUGAAGUCAUCGCGGAGGUUGUUGCAGCAAUGGAUGCAGUACCCGAAGCAGACGAGGAGAUGGACGAGGAAGAUGAAUACUUCCCCGGCCCGGAUCCUAACAUCGCGGAGGAGGACGUGGAUGCUAUGUGCAAUCAUGACCUCUCUUCAGAUCUCGAACUCGACGACGUCGAGGUCAACCCGGACUUUGCGCGUAAACUACGCAUUGUCUUGGAUGGCUUUUGCGAGUGGGGUAAGAGCAUAAGUCAUUCCGACUUCGUUGCGACGUCCGAACAAGACCGUCCAUUCACCCUCGGGGUUUGGAAGCUCCUGCAGGAUGUUAGCGUGGAAUUCUUGCUUGGUCUAUACUUGCAAGCUGUUCCGAUUGAAGUUCAAGAGCUCUUCCUCAAAAAGGAAUGGUGUCUUGAGGACUUACUUUCACUUCCCAAAGUGAAUGAGGGUGACAAGCAUGAUCAGGGACUGUAUGGGAAUUUCCCAACUGGUAACCUGGCUUUUGCUUCGAAAAUUGGGUGUGAGGCUUACGUUGGGUCCACUGGUGAGCUCUUGAAGCGAAUCAUUGAGCACCUGGAAAUCGCAAGACGACAUUCUGCCAACGCUUUGCCGGAGCGUUAUCGGGGCAGUCUACAUUACAAGACUACGUGUCGUGCUGAUGUCGACUGUAAUUUCCGAAAACUUGCCGGGUUCAAGCGGGAUAUCCCACAAGGAUACCUUGUGGUUUUGGAGAGCGCCUUUAUGGUGCUUUUCGGAACUUACAAUUACCCGGGCUACUAUGCCAAAUGGGCCACACAGUCUUCCUACAAGUUGGCAAGGGACAUUCGAGCACGUCUUGAUGUUCCAGCCAUUCCAUGGAGGGGAUUGAAUGCGUCGUUGCCCCUACGUCAGGGUUUCGUUGCUCGUGGUCCCAAGCUACCAUCAGAAUGCCGCAACCCAGAGUGCAAACUGAUGACCUAUCCGCGCUCGGCUAUGCCGGAUGGACCUAAGCACCCUCGCGUGCUUGCUGAUAUCAAGAACCCUUUGGGUGGCGGAUACUUUUGCAGGCGCUGCGACAGCUACCGAGAACGCCGUGGAGUGUUGCCCGACAACGCUUCACUGGUCAAGCUCACUACUCAGUACAACCUCGAGGUUGGCAAGAGUAACCUGCGUCAAGCCGGCCAACCCGUCAUCUGCUAUAACUGUAGAAGCGUGGAAGCCGCGAGUGGCGCUGCAAAUAGUGCCAGGGGCUACGGGACUAGACACAUUGCUUCAAAUGGUCAUGUUCGUUGUAGUGCUUGUGACGCAUAUCUGCGCAAGUUUGGUCGUGAGCGCGAUCCAGCUUUCGAAACGGCGAGAGCCUUUCGUGAGCAGAUCAAAGCCCAUCGCAAUGCUGGCCAACCGGUUCACUGCGCGCAUUGUCGCAAAGUUGAGCCGAGCGGUCUUGCAAAGCCUUGGAGAUGCACCAAGCUAGCCCACUUGGUUUGCAACUGGUGCUACGAUCAUGGCUACAGAUGAGGAAGUCCUGGAAAGCAGUUGUGUUCUGUUCGCCGGUACGGUACUCAAAAAAUGUUUACAAUCGUCCUUUCCAAGACAUCUCGGCAAGCUAGAUAUGUUCUACUUGCCGGUGCGGUGUAAAAACCGUACGGGCUGACGAAGUCGGAUCUGCUACCUCCCCGUGUAGAGUCUUUGUGCUCUCGGUGUUGCCCGGAAACAGCUCUAAAAUUAUUUCUAGAGGCUGGCCAAAGCAGAACGCAUCUUGUAUUGUAGCUUCAUUACGUUUCGGAGUUGUUU